AUGGCAGACGAGGAAGAAGAGGAGGGAGCAGCCGCGGCAUGCGCGGACAAUGCCUUCUCGGGCGGGGGUGCGGGUACGGUGAUGCUGCUCGUGGUAGCGAUAUUGUUCACGUUCAACGGGCUGGCGAUAGUCUGCGACGAAUUUUUUCAGGCAUCCUUGGAGAAAAUCUCAGAGGUGCUCGGGCUGACCCCGGACGUGGCGGGGGCAACGUUUCUCGCGGCCGGAUCAUCGGCUCCGGAGUUGUUCACAUCAAUUGCGGAUGUCUUCGGUCCUUCCAACUCGAUCGGCGUGGGCACCAUCGUAGGGUCGGCCAUGUUCAACGUGCUCGUUAUCGUGGCCCUAUCGGCGGCGGUCGCCGUGAAGAGCGGCACCUCCGGCACGAUUGACCACCGUGUCGUGGCUCGAGACGUGUCGUUCUACACCUGCAGCAUCUUCAUGCUGGUGGCGGCAGCCAGCGAUGGCGAGAUUCGGUGGUGGGAGGCAUUGAUCAUGGUGUUGGCAUAUGGGCUGUACAUCGUGUUCAUGGUCUACAACUCGAGGAUUCUCGAGAUGUGCUCCGCUCCUAAGGGGACGGUGCUGCCGACGGUCGGGGGACCGGAGUUAGAAGCGCUGGAGCCGUUGGAAAAGGCAGCAGCUGGGAGCGAGGAAGGGGAAGGUGAUGGUGGCGGUCGCAGGGGUUCGCAGCAUCUCAACCGAAGGGCGUCUCGCGCGCUGCGGGUAUCGCUGUUGCAGGAGCGGCGGACGUCGCAGGGUAGAAGAGCUUCCUACGUUGCUGCCAACGAGGGGAACGAAGAUCCCAUGGCUGCGGCCGCCGCAGCCGCGGUUGCGUCGGUCAAGAAGGGCUCGACGGCAAGGCUCAGCUGGGAUGGGCAGACGGGAGGAUCCGGAGGAGGAGCAUAUACAGAGGGAACGGUGGCAGCCAAAAGUGGGGCUGCGGCCGUGGUGGAAGGGAACAAGGCAGCCCCUGAAGGAACGUCGGGAGGCUAUCAGAUCGUCGGGGAAGAAACGGGCGACGACCUUCUGGCAUGGCCCGAGGGGUGGAUGGAGCGUUUUCUCUUCGUCUUCGGCCUGCCGUUCUUGGUCGGGCUCAGCCUCACCGUGCCAGACUGCUCCAGGCCGGAGUACGAGAAGUACUACAUCCUCACCUUCGUCAUGAGCAUUUCGUGGAUUAGUAUUAUCAGCAGCUACAUGGUGACACUGGCGACGGGUGCAGCGUGUAUUUUAGGCGUAAGCGCAAUCGUGAUGGGGGUUCUCGUGCUGGCGGUUGGCACGUCAGUGCCGGACAUGAUCGGCUCCAUGAUCGCUGCCAAGAACGGGGAAGCAUCGGUAGGAGCCCUGCCCCUCCUUCCCACUCACGAGCCGACGCACCCACACAUACACGGAAGAGGCGAUAUGGCGAUUGCGAACGCUAUUGGGAGUAACGUCUUCAACAUCCUGCUUGGGUUGGGGGGGCCGUGGUUGUUCUCGUCUCUCGUUUCGGGCGAGCCUACGGCGGUUGACUCGGAGGGAGCGACGACGGCGCUCAUCAUCCUCUUUUGCGCGGUGCUGAUGUUCGUGGUCAGCCUGAUUCUGAGCAGAUGGAACAUGAACACGAAGCUGGCCUACAGCCUACUCUUCACCUACGCUUCUUACGUGGUGUACACCAUCACUGCGGAGGCGCUCAAGUAG